AUGGCGUCUGUCAAGAACAAAGUCUGCUUGAUCGUCCACGAUGGCUGGGGCUACUCUCCUGAAACGAAGGGGAAUGCUGUCAACGAAGGUACAACGGAGAACAUGGACCGACUCGGUCAGGAAGGUGAUCACCGGCUUAUCGAGGCCCACGGUUUGAGUGUCGGACUCAACGACGGCCUGAUGGGAAACUCGGAAGUAGGCCAUCUAAAUAUUGGAGCUGGACGGGUGGUCUGGCAGGAUAUCGUCCGUAUAGACGAAUCUAUUCGAAGGAAGAAAUUCGAAAAAACGGAGAAUAUUGUCAACAGUUUCAAGAGGGCGAAGGAGACGAACGGGAGACUACAUUUAUUGGGCCUGAUUUCGGAUGGUGGCGUUCACUCACACAUCAAUCAUCUAUUAGCACUGUUAGAGACAGCUAAGAAGCUAGAGGUGCCGGAAGUUUACGUUCAUUUCUUCGGCGAUGGUCGUGAUACUGCUCCACGGAGUGCGACGAUCUAUCUAAAGCAGCUUAAUGACUUCAUAGAGAAAGAAAAAUUCGGAAAAGUUGCAACCGUCAUUGGACGGUACUAUGCUAUGGAUCGCGAUAAGCGUUGGGAACGGAUAAAGGUUGGAGUGGAUGGUCUUACCGGGAAAUUAGGGAAAUCAGACGAUAUUUUAAUCGCUUCUAAUGGAGAUGAUGCCGUCGCAAAGAUCGAGGAAAACUAUAAGAAGGACAUUACCGACGAGUUCCUUAAGCCGAUUUUGGUCGGUGGGGACGAAGGCAGGAUUCAGGACAAUGACACCUUAUUCUUCUUCAACUAUCGAUCGGAUCGCAUGCGAGAAAUCACUGCAGUUUUCGGUGUGGAUCCCAAGCCGAUGGACGUUUACGUUCCGAAGAACCUGUACAUUACUACCAUGACUCGGUAUAACGUGGAAUACACGUUCCCAAUUGCGUUUCCACCGCAAACAAUGGGCAAUGUAUUAGCAGAAUGGCUCUCAGUAAAAGGCCUUAAGCAAUGCCACAUCGCCGAAACCGAGAAAUAUGCUCAUGUCACUUUCUUCUUCAAUGGUGGAGUGGAGAAACAAUUCGAGAGGGAAGACAGAAUCAUGAUUCCUUCUCCCAAGGUUCCGACUUAUGACAAGAAGCCAGAAAUGAGUGUUCUGGAAGUCGCGGGAAAGGUUGCGGAAGUAUUGAACACCAACGAAUAUCCCUUUGUGAUGUGCAACUUCGCGCCACCUGACAUGGUCGGGCAUACCGGAGUGUACAAUGCUGCUGUUCAAGCCAUCACAGCCACGGAUGCUGCAGUUGGAACGAUAGCGAAAGCAGCGGCUGAGAACGACUAUGUGCUGAUUAUCACCGCUGACCAUGGGAAUGCGGAGCAGAUGAUAAAUCUUGAGACUGGCGCCCCUCACACUGCACACACCACGAAUCCAGUUCCUUUGAUCGUGAAAGCACCUAAUAGCUUUCAAGGUCAACCGUUCAAAUUCAUCGGCGACGAAGAAGCUGGAAAGGGAGGGGAGGAAGGUGAGAGCGAGAAAGGCGCCCUUUGUGACGUGGCCCCCACAAUUCUAGAUAUUCUGGGCCUCGAUCAGCCUCAAGACAUGACGGGACGCUCAUUGUUGAAACAUUAAAAAGAUUUGGAUAGGUGGAUCCCUAAAGUCUAGAGUAGACUAAUGUGAAGAAAAUUGUAUCACACGUGCGGGAGAGUAGGUCGUGAGGACCAGUGUUCAGACCGGCCAGGUUGGUUACAACGACCUCUAGAGUACAGGACGCUGAGUGCGGAAGGUAAAUUGGGCGCUGGAAAUUUGCAUGCAACGAUCCGACGAAGUGUACGAGUGUGAUUCGAAGCCUGUCGGGUAUUGACGGAGUCAACUGGAUCCGAGUGAGUGUGCCGGUUCGAAGGAAAUGCAGAGCUGAAAGAAAAUGACGCAGAAGGAUGACACGACACAGUGAAUAUUGCAGGCUUCUGAUUAUGUAUGAGUGGGAACUUUGCAACGUGGUAAUGACGCAGGAUGUCAAAUGCGGUCAAAUAAAUUAUAGGUAAAGCCU